AUGAAGCGUGCAAAACAUCUGUCCUCCACUAAUAACAAAACAGCAAAAGUUCCAGAAUUAGAUAAGAAAAGACUACUUAUUUCUUCAGUGUCACCUAAACUAAAGGAAAAACAUAAACCAAAAUUAGUACAUGACAAAAGUGAACCAAUGAUCCUGGGCUCUCCACCAACAGGAGAAUCCAUUGUAAGAUAUGCUUUGCCCAUUCCAUCGAGUAAGACAGAGGAGUUAAUAGCAGAAGAUGAAACGAUCAGGAAAACUACCAAACAUCUGAGUCUGGUUGUUUCUAAUUUGGAAGAAGCCUAUGGAAUUGACACUGAACAUAGAAAAAAAUCAUCUAUGAAAUCUAACAAUGAAGAAAUAUCUUUCUCUGUUGGGGAUGAUCUCAAUUCAUUGUUGGUAUGUUGUUCACAAUAUGCAACGCAGUUAGAAGAAACAGUUAAAGAAGAAUGCAAUGCAUGGUGGUCACCUUUUGUUCCUGUCAACGUUACCACUGAAGUUAAAUCGGUUGAAAUGCACCAUGAGGCUUUGAGUGAAGCUCUGCCUGGGGACAGUGUAGGCUUCGAUGUAAAGAACAUCUCUGCCAAAGAUAUUCACCAUGGCAAUGUGGCUGGUGACAGCAAAAAUGACCCAGCAAUGGAAGCAGCUGGCAUCACUGUACAGCUGAUCAUCCUGAACCCUCCAGAAACUGGUUUUUCGACGAUUCAUGGAUUGAACUCAAUGUUGAAAAUAUUUGAAAAACAGUCAAGUAUGUUAGAGAGAGCUCUCAAUGAUCACGAUUUGUUAGAAGCUAAAUAUAGUAAGAUGCAAAGUGAUUUCCAGUCAUUAACAGAGGAGAAAUCAGUGUUGGAAAAUGAGCUACAAAAGUUGAAGAAUCCAGAGAAAACAAAGGCUACACUUGAUAAAACAAAGAAAACACCUGUAAAAUCAGAGAAGAAAAAAGACAAAGGAAAAUCUGAGGAAUCAGAUGAGAAGAAGUCUGUGACCAAACAGUCAAAAACAAAAGAUAUUCUUGAAAUACAGAAAGCAGUAAAUGCUCUGGAAAUUGAGAACAAAGUACUUCAGGAACAAUUGAAACAGGCUGUACAGGAAGCUGAAAAAACUAAGCAUCAACUUGACUAUUUUCUAAAUCAAAAGAAAGAAUUACUUACAAGUGAGCAGACUAAGAUAACCCUACAAGUGGAUACUAGUAAACCACAUGCUAAAAGUUUAGGCUCAGAAAGUGUGCAACUGGAAAAAGAAAGAAGGAAAACACUUUCAGAUUCAGGUCAACAAAAGUUGGAUUAUAAAAUCCAAGAACACUCACAGGAGGAAGAUAAUUUUAAGUCAUUUCAAUUCAGUUCAGUCCAUGAGGAAACAUGGACUGACAGUAUGCUUGCUGUGAAAGGCACAGUGUUAGAUAUUAUGGAGUGUGGAGACAAAGAUGACAGAUAUGUGCUACUUGCCCUCAAUUUCUUAACAGUCUACUCAGAGAAGAAAAGAUCUAGCCCUGCUAUUUCAGAUCUUUCACAGAUCCUCAAGUCUCAACAUAACUCAACUUUUUUAGAGAAACGAAAAGAAGUCUCAUUCAGUGAAGAACUGUCCCAUGCACCUACAUCAGAGACCCAAGAUAAAUCAUUGUCAUCAGUAUUAUCCAGCAAAGAAAUUCGAGCUUCACUGCCGGUGGGAACAUUACCUGAAAGGAAUGAAACAGUAACAGAUCCACCUAUGUCACAUCCUGCUUUUAGUAAAAGAAAAUCAAAGGAUAGUGAUACCUUAAAGACUGGUGUUUCAGACGAGAAGUUGCAAAAUAAGGAUGAGAAACAAACAUACCAAGGUCAGAAAAUGGACAGUGGAGGAGAUAAAAGUUUACCAGUGGAUCAAGGUUUAAACUCACAUGUCCAACCUCAAAUUGAAAAAUGCGGAAGUGUUCAACCUAACAUUCAGAAUAGGCAGGAAACAGGCGAGCUUGCUGAUGAAGGUCGUUUGUCUUUGGAUAAAUGUUCAGAUUCAAAUAAUCAACUUCAGAUUACAAAUGAUAUUUCAGAAACUGAAUGUAGUAGUCAGAAUGAUGUGCUAGAUGAAAAUCUUAUCCUUGAGAACAAAGAUGUAAAAACUCAGAUGAAUGGAAAGAAACAAAUAACUUUCAGUGGGGAAAACCCCAAUACUCAUAAUGAAGUAUCUGAUGAAAAUCUCAUGAUUGAGGGUAAAGACUCAGUGUCCAAAACCCACACUCAAGUAAAGAAACAAAGAACUUCCAGAGAGGAAAGACACAGUAUUCAGGAUGAAGUACCUAAAGAAAAUAGUGUGCAUGAGGAUCAAGAUUCAGUGUCAAAACCCGAAAUUCAAGUAAAAAAACAAAGGACUUCCAGAGGGAAAAACCACAGUAUUCAGGAUGAAGUACCUGAGGAAAAUGUUAUGCUUGAGGAUCAAGAUUCAGUGUCAAAACCCCAAGUUCAAAUAAAGAAACAAAGAACUUCCAGAGAAGAAAAACAUAGUAGGCAUGAUCAAGUAUCUGAUGACAAUCUUAUGCAUGAGGAUCAAGAUUCUGUCUCACAAAACCACAUGCAAGUAAAGAAACAAAGAACGUCUAGAGAGGAAGAACGCAAUACUCUUGUUGAGGUUCCAGAUGAAAAUCUUGUGCUUGAGAACCAAGAUUCAAUGUCAGAUGCCCAAAUGAAAGUAGAAAAGAAAAUGACUUCCACAGGGGAAAAACUCUAUACACUUGAUGAAGUACCAGAAGAAAAUCUUAUGCUUGAGAAACAAAGUGCUCCCAAAGAGGAAAAACAUAAAU